AUGUUUCAUAGCAUUACACAUUGUACAAUGCAAAAAUUAGCAUAUUUUUACCUUUUAGCUUUAUUAGCUGUUCCAAUUGCUUGUGGAUCACAUGAAACAAGCGCUUCUAAGAGUGCUGAAGAAGACAAGAGUACUUGUUCAGAUAUUGUUGAUGAAGAUGGUGAAUCUGGAAAACCUCUUUUAAUUGAAGCUUUGUGGAAUAUUUCUAUAACAUUAACUGGAAGUAGUCAAACAUCUUUUAAUGAAUUCAUUAUUUAUUUAGAAGAUAAAUAUUUUGAAUCUGGAAAUUAUACAUCAAUUGAAAUUGUUAAUGAAUGCUCAUUUGAAAUAUAUCAAUUUUUUAUGAUUAAUUCUAAUUACUACUCUGAAUUUCAAUUUAUACAAAUAGGAACAUGGGGAUCAUUUUAUAAUUUAUUCCAAGUUGGUAUUUAUCUUUCUUCUGAUAAAUUCAGUGGAUGUUGGAGUGAAAAUUCUUCUGGAGAGUAUGAUAUUCUUAUUAGUUUUCAAACAUUCCAAGCAACAUUAUCACAAUCUGACCAAACUAUAUUUGAAACAUAUAUUACUCAAUUAGAAACUAUUUUAUCUAGCACUGAUGAUUUAUCAACAAAAUAUGCAGAAUUCUAUUCACUUUGUCUUCAAAUAACAACAGAUCAUUCAGAAUGGGAAUCAGCAUUUUUAUCUACUGAAUGUGGAAAUAUGGGUUCAUUAUAUAUGCUUUUCCAAAUUUCAGUUCAAUAUUAUCGUAUAUCACUUAUUCCAAGCAUGUUCUCAGGUACUCCACAAUGUUCAUUUGUUGAAGGGUUAGAAAGUUGCUUAUCAAAUCCAUCUUAUAGUAUCUCUGCUAGUGAUAAAGCUUAUAUUAAUGCAACAAUACUUUCUUUCCAAGAAAUUAUAAAUGAUCAAUCUUUAACAUUUGUUGAAAAAAUGCAAAACAUUGUUUAUCAAUAUGAACAAUUUUUAGUAACUUUCUACUACUUAGAAGAAGUAUUUCUUUCAUUCGAAAUUUCAGCAGAAUUUGGUACUUUUCAAGAUUUUAUUUCUAUUUUUGUAUUUGGUCAAACUCAAGAUUGUUGGCCAGAAGGAUUCGAUGUCACAAGUUCACCAUUACCAAUAACAGAAGUUACAAGUAGUGAAAUUACUGAAUCAGUUACUAGUGGAGAAACAUCAGGAGAAGUAACAAGUGGAGAAACUACUGAAGCAGUUACUAGUGGAGAAACAUCAGGAGAAGUAACAAGUAGUGAAAUUACUGAAGCAGUUACUAGUGGAGAAACAUCAGGAGAAGUAACAAGUGGAGAAACUACUGAAGCAGUUACUAGUGGAGAAACAUCAGGAGAAGUUACAAGUAGUGAAAUUACUGAAGCAGUUACUAGUGGAGAAACAUCAGGAGAAGUAACAAGUGAAGAAACUACUGAAGCAGUUACUACUGGAGGAACAACAUUUAUACCGAUAAAAACUACCACCAUUAAGAUGACUACAAAACCAGUAACAGGAAACUGUGCUACUGCACCAAAACAAUGCCUUGCAUUAAGUGGCAAUUGGUCUGUUAUUUAUACAUCAUCUACAAAACAAUGGAAUUCAUGGACAGCUUCUCAAAAAACAAAUUGGAAAAAUGCGUGCACAUCAUUUACUAAAAAAUAUAUUAAAAACACAAGUAUGACUCAAAUUCAAAAAAUCAAAAAUGUUGUUAUGAGCAUUAAGCAAUAUGUAAAAACAUUUACUUACAUGAAGAUAAAAAUUUUUGCUAUCAAGAUUGUACAAUGGGGAACAAUUGGGCAAUUAUGUGGAUGUUAUUAA